AUGACUACUCCCACUACCCAAGAGGAUGUGGAUGCCGCUGAGUGCUUGCUCUUUCUUGCGGGCUCUAGAGAGAGCAAUCAGACAUCAAACCAGUGCAGCGAUGUCCGUCAUACCAGAGCACAUAGCACACAGAGCACAUUAAGCCUUCCUGGUGCUUAUGCGAGCGGCUGUGAUCAGCGCUACACUCAAGUACAGCUCCCUCCUCAAAGGCAGAUCACUCCUCCAACACAGCUCCCUCCUAGAAAGCGACAACAGUUCAGUCAUCAAGCGCAGUAUUCCUCUCAAGCACAGUAUUCCCCUCAAGCGCAGUAUCCCCCUCAAGCACAGUAUCCCCCUCAAGCACAGUAUCCCCCUCAAGCACAGUAUCCCCCUCAAGCACAGUAUCUUCCCCAAACGCAGUAUUCUCCUCAAGCACAGUAUUAUCUCCCGCAAGCGCAGAACCCCUCUCAAGUACAGCUUACGCCUCAAGUUCAGAUUCCCCCUCAAGUGCAGAAUGCUCCUCAAGUGCAGAAGCCCUCUAAAGCGCAGAAUCCCCGUCAAGUGCAGAACCCCCCUCGAAUGCAGAAUGCUCCUCAAGUGCAGAAUCGCUCCCGGGCAAAAACUUCCCAUCGAGCACAGAACCUUUCUCGACCACAGCAUCCUCCACAAGUACAGAUCACCCCUGGGCGCUCAAAUCUCGUCUCGAAACUCUCUGGGCCACCAAAAAUCCCCCAACCCCCACAAAACUCCAACCAGCAACAGGGAUCCUCCGCAGUGCCAGCACAGCAACCCCAACAAUUGGGAGCAAACAUUAACCCCCAGUUAGCGCUGCAGGCAUAUCUAAUCCGCCAGCAGUUAAUCGCCGGUAUUCAGCCAGAGAACAUCAUACCUAUGUGUCAGCAGGGAAGCAACACAAAAGUAAAUACACCGGCCAUUGUACAGAUAACCAACGAAGGUAUCAAGGUGCCGAAAAUCCCCCCUGCACAAUUCACUGGCAGCUUUCAGCCAAUCCCUCAGGAUCAGUUGGCAUCCAUACCCCUUCAGCCAGCCGGGACAGUGGAAGCAAGGCCGCAAAUUGCUACCCAGACUGGGGUUUCGGGCAAUAAUUUCAUACCAGCAGUGCCUGUUAGUGCGUUGAACCCAGAUGGGACUGAUGCCAGAACCGUACAACAGCAGCCAAGAGCCAUCGACCAUCCUGAAACCAUGACUCUCCCACAGCAGCCAACAGUUAUUUGCCGCCCGGAAGCCAGAACAAUGCCGCAGCAGCCACGAGCUAUCGACCAUCCGGAAGCCAGUACUGUACCACAGCAGCCACGAGUAAUUGGCCAGCCAGCCUUAAAUAUGGCUUUGGAUGAAAACGCCAGAGUUCAGCCACUCCCUCAACUUCUAAUCCCUAUUAUCCCCCAUGGGGGGUAUGACCUCCUGCGACAUUUCGCAUACUACCCUCAACUUGCUCUUGUCCUCACCAGUUACCUCGACAUCGAUGAUAUAGUCAACAUAGGUGCUCUAUCUAGACCCAUUCACGACUUCCUCUGCGCAUAUAUCGGGCAUAUUACCUCAACCUAUGCAGCAGCACGCCACCAUCUCUCUUCCAUUACCUUCCCCGUCCUCUGUUAUCCUAGAUUGUGCGCCCAACCCAGACAGUGGCGUACCUUCCAACCUCAAGACCGCCAGUAUAACCUUGAUGUCCUCGUGCCGUCCAUCCCAUGGCUCCGAAUGCUUUCAUACCGCGAGAGCGUUGUGUUAGAUAUCAUGGUCCUCCUCCACCAGGCUGGCUAUAACCUCCCGCCGGCAGCCUAUCAACCCAUUUUGAAAAUCUGGGCUUUGAUGGAUAUCCCAGACAACGAGCGCCGGGAGUGGACGAUCCGUAACCGGUGUGUCUGGCAAGAUGGGGAUAUCUUUCUCGCUACACUCUUCCUUGUCCAACUGGAUAUGUAUUUGCGCCAGAAGCGCGACCAGCAAAGCAAUAGUAUCCGACGACUCCUGAUGGCACAGCCUACCCUUACCUUCCUACAUAAAUAUAUGCAAGGAACAGUGUUGCAGACUCCUAUGGAUGUUUUGGCUGAGUAUGUGCGCUGGAAAUACGCACCUGAAACUGCUACUCAGGGGGAAAGGGUUAUUUUCGGUGUGCCCAUUGAGGAAGCGGGCAGUUUGCAGUAUGAGUGGUAUGGCAAGAAGCGUGGAGUGGGAGUGGGUGAAGAAAACAGGGCCAGGCUGCGUCGCCCCGAUGAAUACAUUCUGCUAGAGCUGAGAAGAAGAGGCCUGAGUCCCCAUGAUAUGUAUGUGGAAUUCUUUGUUUGCAAUCGUGGUCAUGUUUUCUUUCCUGUGGAUAGGAAGUCAGUGUCUUGGGUUGCGCAGAUGAGGGAAUAUGUGGCGCAAAAUGGAGGUAACUGGAUGGAUGCUGUGAGAUUGGACUGA